CUGCUUGGGAUCAAGUCCCUGGUACACCUUGGUCACAUCAGUGUGCUCCUGGCUCAAACUGGCCAAGUCCCAAUUUUAAUUGGUGCCAGCUGCCUUGGUGCUUCGUUGACAAGCGGUGUGCUUCAAGGAUUCCAAGUGUGGUUUUUAAUGGUUCUAUGGCUUACUACAGCUAUGACGCCUGUGGCAAUGCCCCUGACUGCUACAACAACUUCGAAAGUGAACCUCGCUGCCCAUAUGAUCCCAGCGGCAGCGGUACUUUCAUGGUGCACAAGGGUAGCUGUGAAUGCUUGUUUCAGGGCCUUGAACUGCCGGUGUCUGUCUACACGAACUAUCCACUAGAACAGCCUGGUAGAUAUGCCAACCUGACCUACAUACGGAUCUUUGGUACUACCUGUGCUGCAUGGGAUCAGGUACCAGGCACCCCCUGGGCACAGUAUUGCCCGCCAACUGCAGACUGGUGCCAUUCAAACUACAAUUUUUGUCAGUUGCCUUGGUGCUUUGUUGGAGACAGUUGUGAGAGUAAGCUGAUGGCACAUGAAUUUUCUGGGUCACAAGCAGCAUACUACAGCUAUGACACGUGUCUCUCGACACCAGACUGUAAAACCAUGCCUUUUGAUGAUGCUUGUCCCUUUGACUCUGCAGACACGGGGUGGGCCACUGCGCAAGAAUGUCCAGAGAGUUGGUCUGAUGUUUGUGACUGUCUCUAUCAAGGGAACUUCUUGCCACCGGAGCUGUACACUCAAUUUCCUGAAGAUGAGCCGGGCAAGUAUUCCAUGGUUCCAAAUAUUGCCAUCUAUGGCACCGCAUGCGCUGCUUGGGAUCAAGUCCCUGGUACACCUUGGUCACAUCAGUGUGCUCCUGGCUCAAACUGGUCAAGUCCCAAUUUUAACUGGUGCCAGUUGCCUUGGUGCUUCGUUGACAAGCGGUGCGCUUCAAGGAUUCCAAGUGUGGUUUUUAAUGGUUCUAUGGCUUACUACAGCUAUGACACCUGUGGUAACACUCCAGACUGCUACAAUGACUUUUCCAGUGACAAGCGCUGUCCCUAUGACCCCUAUGGAACCAAGAGCUACAAGGUACACAAGGGACAUAACUGCGAGUGCAUUUAUCAAGGACGGGAACUGCCUUCAAGUUGGUUUAAUUGGAAUGACACCGAUGUUUCGGAUACCUUUGGUGAAAACUUUAUUGGUGUUUAUGGAACCACGUGUGCUGCAUGGGCCCAGAUGCCUGGAAUGCCCGAUGCACACUUAUGUCCCGCGCAUGCCGACUGGUGUAAUAGUCACAACAACUGGUGCCAGCUGCCUUGGUGCUACGUCGAUCAGUCUUGUGAAACAAAGGUCACCAGCAGGAUGAUAGAAGGUUCUUUAGCCCCAGCAUACUACAGCUACGACACGUGUCUCUCGACGCCAGACUGUAAAACCAUGCCUUUUGAUGAUGCUUGUCCCUUUGACUCUGCAGACACUGGGUGGGCCACUGCGCAAGAAUGUCCGGAGAGUUGGUCUGAUGUUUGUGACUGUCUCUAUCAAGGGAACUUCUUGCCACCGGAGCUGUACACUCAAUUUCCUGAAGAUGAGCCGGGCAAGUAUUCCAUGGUUCCAAAUAUUGCCAUCUAUGGCACCGCAUGCGCUGCUUGGGAUCAAGUCCCUGGUACACCUUGGUCACAUCAGUGUGCUCCUGGCUCAAACUGGUCAAGUCCCAAUUUUAAUUGGUGCCAGUUGCCUUGGUGCUUCGUUGACAAGCGGUGCGCUUCAAGGAUUCCAAGUGUGGUUUUUAAUGGUUCUAUGGCUUACUACAGCUAUGACACCUGUGGUAACACUCCAGACUGCUACAAUGACUUUUCCAGUGACAAGCGCUGUCCCUAUGACCCCUAUGGAACCAAGAGCUACAAGGUACACAAGGGACACAACUGCGAGUGUAUUUUGCAUGGGUCGCAUUUGCCUGCAGAUGUGUAUACCCUUUACCCACUGGGAGAGCCUGGCAAGUAUGCAAACUUGACACACAUCAGCGUUUAUGGCACCACAUGCGCUGCAUGGGACCAAAUGCCUAGCACCCCAUGGGCUCCCUACUGUCCGCGAGAUGCAGACUGGUGUCGCAGCGAAUUCAAUUUUUGCCAGCUGCCUUUUUGCUAUGUGACUGAGGCAUGUGACAGCAGGGUGCCAAGCAGCUUAUUUCAAGGUUCCUCGACUGCGGCAUACUACAGCUACGACACGUGUCUCUCGACACCAGACUGUAAAACCAUGCCUUUUGAUGAUGCUUGUCCCUUUGACUCUGUAGACACUGGGUGGGCCACUGCGCAAGAAUGUCCAGAGAGUUGGUCUGAUGUUUGUGACUGUCUUUAUCAAGGGAACUUCUUGCCACCGGAGCUGUACACUCAAUUUCCUGAAGAUGAGCCGGGCAAGUAUUCCAUGGUUCCAAAUAUUGCCAUCUAUGGCACCGCAUGCGCUGCUUGGGAUCAAGUCCCUGGUACACCUUGGUCACAUCAGUGUGCUCCUGGCUCAAACUGGUCAAGUCCCAAUUUUAACUGGUGCCAGUUGCCUUGGUGCUUCGUUGACAAGCGGUGCGCUUCAAGGAUUCCAAGUGUGGUUUUUAAUGGUUCUAUGGCUUACUACAGCUAUGACACCUGUGGUAACACUCCAGACUGCUACAAUGACUUUUCCAGUGACAAGCGCUGUCCCUAUGACCCCUAUGGAACCAAGAGCUACAAGGUACACAAGGGACAUAACUGCGAGUGUAUUUUGCAUGGGUCGCAUUUGCCUGCAGAUGUGUAUACCCUUUACCCACUGGGAGAGCCUGGCAAGUAUGCAAACUUGACACACAUCAGCGUUUAUGGCACCACAUGCGCUGCAUGGGACCAAAUGCCUAGCACCCCAUGGGCUCCCUACUGUCCGCGAGAUGCAGACUGGUGUCGCAGCGAAUUCAAUUUUUGCCAGCUGCCUUUUUGCUAUGUGACUGAGGCAUGUGACAGCAGGGUGCCAAGCAGCUUAUUUCAAGGUUCCUCGACUGCGGCAUACUACAGCUACGACACUUGUCUCUCGACACCAGACUGUAAAACCAUGCCUUUUGAUGAUGCUUGUCCCUUUGACUCUGCAGACACUGGGUGGGCCACUGCGCAAGAAUGUCCAGAGAGUUGGUCUGAUGUUUGUGACUGUCUCUAUCAAGGGAACUUCUUGCCACCGGAGCUGUACACUCAAUUUCCUGAAGAUGAGCCGGGCAAGUAUUCCAUGGUUCCAAAUAUUGCCAUCUAUGGCACCGCAUGCGCUGCUUGGGAUCAAGUCCCUGGUACACCUUGGUCACAUCAGUGUGCUCCUGGCUCAAACUGGUCAAGUCCCAAUUUUAAUUGGUGCCAGUUGCCUUGGUGCUUCGUUGACAAGCGGUGCGCUUCAAGGAUUCCAAGUGUGGUUUUUAAUGGUUCUAUGGCUUACUACAGCUAUGACACCUGUGGUAACACUCCAGACUGCUACAAUGACUUUUCCAGUGACAAGCGCUGUCCCUAUGACCCCUAUGGAACCAAGAGCUACAAGGUACACAAGGGACAUAACUGCGAGUGUAUUUUGCAUGGGUCGCAUUUGCCUGCAGAUGUGUAUACCCUUUACCCACUGGGAGAGCCUGGCAAGUAUGCAAACUUGACACACAUCAGCGUUUAUGGCACCACAUGCGCUGCAUGGGACCAAAUGCCUAGCACCCCAUGGGCUCCCUACUGUCCGCGAGAUGCAGACUGGUGUCGCAGCGAAUUCAAUUUUUGCCAGCUGCCUUUUUGCUAUGUGAGCGCAGAGUGCCCCAGGAAGAUUCCAACCCGGAUUUGGCAUGGUGUUGCGAGUGGCCCAGCAGUGAAUAGCUCUAUGGCCUGGAUGGCUUCUCAUUUUAGCUACGACACGUGCUUGUCGACGCCGGACUGCUAUUCCCGGCCAUUUGAUGCAGCUUGCCCCUUUGACUGGGUCCAUUCAGGCUGGAGUACGCAGCAGAGGUGUCCAUACAGCUGGUCGGAUGUGUGCCAAUGCACAUAUCAGGGACGCUUGUUGCCUCCCGAUCUUUACAUGAACUUUCCACUCGACUUUCCUGGGAAAUACCAGCACUUGCCAAAUAUCGCAGCUUAUGGGACCAGCUGUGCGGCCUGGGAUCAGGUGCCAGGCACUCCUUUGCAUUCUUCGUGCAAACCUGGGAGUAAUUGGACGAGUCAAGAGCACAACUGGUGUCAAGUGCCGUGGUGUUAUGUUCACCCCAGCUGUCCGUCGUCUAUUGCAACACAUCUCUUUGAGGGCUCCAUGACGGCCUCCUACAGCUAUGAUGCAUGUGGCAAUGCGCCGGACUGUUACGCCAAUUCUUCCGUCGACAGUCAAACUUAUUGUCCAUACGACCCAUCUGGAGACAAGUCCUACAAGAUUCACAAGAGUCGCGGAUGCGAAUGCAUUUAUCAGGGUCGACAGUUGCCAAGCUACUUCUACAUGGACUUCCCCUUGAGUGAUCGAGGCAGAUAUGCAAACUUGAGCCUCAUCAGUAUCUAUGGGACCACCUGCGCAGCUUGGGAUCAAUUCCCAGAAACUCCAGGCUUCCAGUACUGUCCGCCCGACACCGUGGACCGACGUGCCACUUGGCAGGAAUCCAGGUGUCAGUGCAUCUUCCAGGGUGGGACUUUGCCGGAGGACGUGUACACACACUUCCCCCUGGAGGCGCCGGGAAGACACGCCACCUUGACCAACAUAAAGUUGUAUGGAAGUUCUUGCGCGGCUUGGGAUCAGUUUCCAGGCACUCCACAUCUGCAGAAUUGCCCUCCUGGUUCCAACUGGUCGCAUCCAGAUCACAACUGGUGCCAGUUGCCCUGGUGCUAUGUAAGCAGCUCUUGUGUCUACAAGAUUCCCUCGCGGGCUUUCAAUGGCUCCAAUCUGUACUACAGCUAUGAGAUUUGUGGUGCUGUUCCUGAUUGUUACAACGACUUCGCCAUUGACAAGCGGUGUCCCUACGAUCCAUAUGGCACACAGUCCUAUGUGGUCCACAAGGGCAAUGGAUGUGAAUGUUCUUACCAUGGGGUGGAACUGCCGGAAAGUGUGUAUCGCAACUAUCCAGUGGACGCGCCAGGCAAGUAUGAGAAUGCCAGCUACAUCAAAAUCUACGGUACCAGCUGUGCAGCAUGGGAUCAGAUGCCUGGUACUCCAUGGAUUGAAUACUGCCCUUCUACGGCGGAUUGGUGCAACUCGAUGUACAAUUGGUGCCAGCUGCCUUGGUGCUUCGUGGGAAGUAGCUGCUCAACGCGAGUUGCAACUACGGUGUUUGCAGGGUCGGAGGCGGCAUUCCUCAGCUACGACACGUGUUUGUCAGCGCCGGAUUGCAGCACCACCCCUUAUGACAUACGGUGUCCGUUUGACAGGCAUGACAACAACUGGGCUACACCGCAGGAAUGUCCAGAUAGCUGGUCUGACGUGUGUGAAUGUAUUUUCCAGGGGUCCAACCUGCCAAGCGAGGUGUACCUCAACCACCCUAGAGAUCAGCCAGGUCAAUUCGCCAGCCUUCCUAACAUUGCAGCAUAUGGGACCAGCUGUGCUUCAUGGGACACUGUGCCCGGCACACCUUUGUCUGCUCGCUGCAGGCCGGACUCAAACUGGUCCAGCUCGACAUACAAUUUUUGUCAGCUGCCUUGGUGCUACGUCAACAGCACUUGUGCAUCCCAUCGUGUGAGCUCACUCUUCAAUGGCUCAAUUGCAUCCUUCUACAGCUAUGAUGCAUGUGGUAACGCACCAGAUUGCUACAGCCAAUUCGAGAGUGAUCCGCGGUGCCCCUACGAUCCCUACAACAAUGAGCAUUAUCACAUCUACAAGGAUGACUGUGAAUGUUUGUAUCAUGGUCAACAGCUGCCACCAGAUUUGAUAUCCAAAUAUCCGGCCACAAAUCCUGGACAGUACGCGAUGUUGCCCAAUGUGCGAAUUUACGGGACAUCUUGUGCCGCAUGGGAUCAGUUUCCAGGGACUCCGCACUACCCGCAAUGCAGACCAGAGUCAGACUGGUGCCAUUCAAACUACAAUUGGUGUCAGUUGCCUUGGUGCUUUGUGAGCGAGAAGUGCGCAAGCCGUGUAGCAAGCGGAACUUUCCAAGGGGCAGGGAUGUACUACAGCUAUGAUACGUGCCUCUCCACUCCCAACUGUUACACAUUUCCCUAUGAUUCAGUGUGCCCUUUCGAUCCCUUGGACUCAGGGUGGUCGACCCCACAGAUUUGCAAGACAAGCUGGUCCGACAUUUGCAAAUGCACCUACCAGUGGUCGUUGCUUCCGGCAACUUUGAUCCAAAACUAUCCCCGGUCCCAACCUGGACGACAUGCUGCCCUGGCCAACAUCCAGAUCUAUGGUACGAGCUGUGGCUCUCGGACCAUGUGGUACAGCUAUGACUCCUGUGGAAACGUGCCAGAUUGUUACAACGACUUCGCCAUUGACAAGCGGUGUCCCUACGAUCCAUAUGGCACACAGUCCUAUGUGGUCCACAAGGGCAAUGGAUGUGAAUGUUCUUACCAUGGGGUGGAACUGCCGGAAAGUGUGUAUCGCAACUAUCCAGUGGACGCGCCAGGCAAGUAUGAGAAUGCCAGCUACAUCAAAAUCUACGGUACCAGCUGUGCAGCAUGGGAUCAGAUGCCUGGUACUCCAUGGAUUGAAUACUGCCCUUCUACGGCGGAUUGGUGCAACUCGAUGUACAAUUGGUGCCAGCUGCCUUGGUGCUUCGUGGGAAGUAGCUGCUCAACGCGAGUUGCAACUACGGUGUUUGCAGGGUCGGAGGCGGCAUUCCUCAGCUACGACACGUGUUUGUCAGCGCCGGAUUGCAGCACCACCCCUUAUGACAUGCGGUGUCCGUUUGAUUCGAAUACUCUUUCGUGGUCGACGGGAGCCUUCUGUGUGGAUAGUUGGUCAGACGUGUGUCAGUGCCUAUACCAAGGUCGAGAGCUACCAGGUGACAUCAUCGCACAAUAUCCAUUGCAGCAGCCAGGGCAAUUUGCUUCCCUGCCCAAUGUGGCUCUGUAUGGCACGGCUUGUGCCACAUGGGAUUCCUUGCCUGGCACCCCUUUUGCACACCGUUGCCAACCAGGUUCUGACUGGUCGGGCGGUGACAAGAACUGGUGUCAGUUGCCUUGGUGUUAUGUGUCAAAGGGCUGCGUCACCAGCCACGCAUCUUCUGUGUUCAAUGGCUCGGAGUUGGCUUACUACAGCUACGAUGCUUGUGGGAAUGCUCCAAACUGCUACGAUGAUUUUGCGACGGAUUCCCGCUGUCCAUUUGAUCCUCACCAGUCUGGAGGGUAUACACUGCACAAGGGACAAGGCUGUGAGUGCAUCCAUGCAGGCAGAGAGCUGCCCACGGAUUUGUUGUUAAACUAUCCAUUGAACGAUCCAGGAAAAUAUGCAAACCUCACCUACGCGCGGAUCUACGGCACAAGCUGUGCCGCCUGGGAUGCUAUGCCCAAGACCCCCUGGUCACAGUAUUGUUUGCCGGGUUCAGAUUGGUGCUCCACAGAUUACAAUUGGUGCACAGUUCCUUGGUGUUAUGUUAGUGACUCUUGUGCAACUCGCAUCAUGGACACAACAUUUCAUGGACCUGGUGCGCAGUUUUACAGCUACGAUACCUGCUUGUCUUCACCUCGAUGCCGCAGAGAUCCUUUUGACCCACAGUGUCCCUUCGACUCGAAGGACAAUGGCUGGUCGACAGCGGAAGACUGUCCAGAUAGCUGGUCAGACGUUUGCACCUGCAUCUAUCAAGGGUUGACACUGCCGGAAGAUCUCUACACAAACUUUCCCACUACUGAGCCUGGCAGAUAUUCGACCUUGCGCAACAUUGCAAUUUACGGUACUGCUUGUGCGCCAUGGGACGUUGUGCCAGAGACACCUUUCGCACCUUUUUGUCCACCAGGCAUGGAUUGGUCCUCCAAAAGCUUCAAUUGGUGCUCCAUCAGCUGGUGCUAUGUUGAUGCCAGCUGUGUGACUCGACUGCCAAGCAGGGCCUUUACUGGCUCCCAGGCAUAUUUCAGCUACGAUGCUUGUGGCAACGCGCCUGACUGCUACACAGACUUUGACAACAAUCCAAAAUGCCCAUAUGAUCCUUACGGAUCAAGCACCUAUGCGGUGCACAAAGGGGGGAAGUGUGCAUGUUCCUAUCAGGGUUUCGAAUUACCUUUUGAAGUUUACAACAACUUUCCCUUGAGUUCUCCAGGUGCAUAUGCAAGCCUAGCACACAUCUCUGUCUAUGGCACAACCUGUGCUCCUUGGGACCAGCUGCCUGGAACACCGUGGGCCAGUUAUUGCCCACCAGGAUCAGAUUUUUCCAGUCCGGACCACAACUGGUGCCAGCUGCCUUGGUGUUUUGUCAGCAGUCAAUGUCCUUCAAAGAUUCCAAGCAAUGUUUUCAACGGCACAAAUCUGUUCUACAGCUACGAUGUUUGCGGCAAUGCCCCCAAUUGUUACCAUGAUUUCUCUGGAGACCCGCGCUGUCCCUUUGAUCCGACAAAGAGUUUUUCCUUCACGUUGCACAAAACUGAAGGAUGUGAAUGCAAGUAUCAUGGCUAUGAACUAGAUUCAAACAUUUACAUGUCGUAUCCCACGAGCUUUCCGGGCAAAUAUGCAACGCUCCCUGGCAUCAAGAUCUAUGGCACAAGUUGUGCUGCAUGGGACCAGAUGCCUGCAACACCAUGGUCGAGCUACUGCCCUUAUGGUGCAGACUGGUGCCAUUCAAAUUACAAUUUUUGUCAGUUGCCUUGGUGCUACGUGGGAGCAGAAUGUUCCUCCAAAAUGCCGUCCAUGGUGUUUGAGGGUGCAGCUGACAUGUACUACAGUUAUGACACUUGCUUUUCGACUCCCAACUGUCGCGAAGACCAUUUGGACAGGUGGUGCUAUGUCUCAGAAGCCUGCGCUUCCAAGUUGCCAUCAAGAAUUUUCGGAGAAUCAAAUUCCACGCUGUACUACAGUUACACAACUUGCAUGAACACACCUGACUGCUACACUUUCCCGUAUGAUCCUCGUUGCCCAUUUGACAAAAUGGACUUGAACUGGUCAACUGCAGCUGAGUGCACAGAUGGAUGGACAGGCAUAGCCGGUGUUCCCAUCACUUCCUUCGAUUUGGUCGUUGAAGUGAGUGACAUUUGGAGUUUUGAGGCCCCAGCUGUUCUCGACAGCGUUGUUGGGAUCGGAGCAGCGCCAGCAGAUCAUGUGUUCAUCGAUCGUGUGCUGUACCGAGUGGCCAUCUCAUAUGCAUUGCUAUGGGCUUCAGUUCAGGUCACACCUGACCAGAUGGCACAGGCAGCUGCAAGUGCUGCUGGUGUGAGCCCAUCCUUGGCCGGAGCAUCUUCCAGUCGAAGGUUGGACUCCCUCGAAGCUGAGGAAGCUGAGUCGCGUCGACUGCAAAACGUUUUUCAGCUGUUUGUGGCCUCCACCAAUGCGGCAGACUUGGCAAGUUUGCAGACCAAGAUCUCGUCCACCAGCAAUCUUGAAACUGCAUUGUCCAGCCUCGGGAUCAGCGCAGUGACACAGGCAACCAGCCUGGCUGCUCAGCAGGUGGUGGUUGCGAUGAAAAUGCUCGCAGCCGAUCCGUUGGCCAUGCCUUUGCCAGUUCCUGACUCCACCAGGUUGGCGGCACAACUCGGGCAACAACUUGGCAUGGACGUGGUGGUCACCAUUGAGAAUGAGGCCCUGUACACGCCACCGACUUCCACUACCAUGACGAUGACAUCGACCACAACACGAACAGGGACAACCACUUCAGUCACCCAAACCACCUCUUCCACAACUACCAUCUCCACGACUACAACUUCUAUAACCACAACAACUUUAGUGAUUGAGACCCGGAUGAUUAUCGAAGGAGUGGAGUACAUUACCACCGAAAUUGAGGCAUGGGCAGUCGGUUACAAGUAUUGCCUGCCUGAGACUCACACAAUGACCUCCACCACAAUGACAACCACUGGGCAGUAUGUGGGAGCAGCUGAGAUUGGAGGGGAGGUUGUAUUUCAGGUCUGUCGUGACAUUUUUGUGGAGGACCCUCCUACUUCCAUGGAGUGCUACUGGAAGGGCCCACUGAGUUUGGACUGGGUGAAAUUUGGAGGAACCGGGACUUGUGCUGCGGCGUUGUGCAGAUGUCCGGCAUGGAAAGCUGGCAACCCACAGCAUCAGAUUCGACUGACCCUUGCGGGCAAAGAUUACUACACGACUGAAUCCUUGGCCAUUGCUGGUGGGUGCCUGGGUCGAAAACUGAACGGGCUUAGGGUGCACUUCCACGUUUGCACUGACCUGGUUGGACCAGUGAUUUGCAACUGGAGACGUCGAGGUGAGGGAUACUGGUUCCCCUUCGAAGGCUAUGGAAGUUGCUAUGAACGGAAGUGUUCGUGCCCACCUAUUACAACGGAUAUGUUCUACGACAUGCGAGUUCCAAGCACCACAGAUCCGAGCCUGCAUGGCCUUGUAGCAUCAUUGACAUCUUGCAUCAUUUUGUAG